UGUGGAACGUGACUCUGAUGCUAUGGAGUAUGACUCCUAUGAUGAGGGAGGGUCAGACGAGGAAUUACCCUCCGCGGAGGUUGCCCCCUCUGGGUCCUCUGCCGUGGCCCUAGGCCAAGUUAAGAUUCCCUCUGGGGACAGUAAGGCCAUUUUUGACCCCCAGGGAAACCCACUGUUCGACCCUGACGACCUACGUCACCCACGGUCAGCAGAGUGGGUCCCCCCGGACCAUAUUGCACAAUAUGUGGCUAAACGCCUGCGUACUCCCCUCUCCAAGGAGGGUCGCAACAACUUGCGUGCCGAAUGCCCUAGACCCUCUCUCCAGGGCUCGGCCUGUAAGACUCCGGAUAUUGACCCCCAAAUCGCCCAAUUCAUGAAUAAAUCAGGCUGGAAGCCCAAGAAGGGUUUGGAUUACUCCCUCAAGGGAUGCCAAGAUAAGAUAUUGGAUACCCUGGGCCCUCUGUCUAAACUUUACGAGCUGCUAGAUGCCGCUAGGGCUGGAGACUAGAUUAUGGAUGUCGAUGUGGCCAUUGGGUGGGUCCAGAGGGCGAUCUGCCUAUUGGGGAACGCUAAUACCGCCAUGUCUUCGGAGAGGCGUAAGGCGAUUCUCCUUAAGAUCGAUCCCAAAUUGGCUGCCAUGACGGUAGCGGAACCUGACCCCUCUGACGAGGGUUUACUGUUUGGAACCUCUUUCGUGAAGGACCUUGGUUCCUAUGUUAAGACCUUUACGGCCAUUGACAAGGCCCAGGCGAAUAUGAAGCGCAUGUUCGCGCCCAAGGUUUUCGGAGGGGCCGGGCGUAGCAGGAACCGUCCACCCGGCCGGGGCUUCCGUGGCUCGUUCAGGGCCUCCAGAGGUUCCUUCUUUCCUUCCCGAGGAUUUCAAGAUGCGAGGUCGCCUCCCUUCUUCCCAGCCAGAGGGAGAUCCUGGGGCUCCAGGUAUCCCCGUGGUGCCGCUUCGGGCAGACGCCCUUAUG